GCUCCUCCCCGCCGAGCGGCGCGGGCAGGGCGGCCGGCGCCAGGGCUCCGCGGAGCUCCGCCCGGAAGCCGCCGCCGGGGCUCGAGGUGGACGCGGCCGGCGCUCGGGCGGACUCGCGCGCUCUUUAAGUAGCCGGCCGGCGUUCUAACGUGGCGUUUCCGUUCUCUUAGUGCAGAGGCCCCCGGUCCGAUAUGGAGCAUGCCUUUACCCCGUUGGAACCCCUGCUUCCCACCGGGAAGUUGAAAUACUGCCUUGUGGUUCUGAAUCAGCCUCUGGACAAAUGUGUUCGUCAUCUCUGGAGCAAAGCCCUUGUCCGAGCCUGUGCGGACGGAGGAGCCAACCGCCUGUUCGACACGGCGGGAGGAGACAGGGACAGCUUUUUGCCUGAAUUCAUCAGUGGAGACUUUGAUUCUAUUAGACCUGAAGUUAAAGAAUAUUAUGCGGCUAAGGGAUGUGAGAUUAUUUCAACGCCUGACCAAGACCACACUGACUUCACCAAGUGCCUUGAACUGCUCCAGAAAAAGAUUGAAGAAAAAGACCUACAGGUAGAUGUAAUUGUGACCUUGGGCGGUCUCGGUGGACGUUUUGACCAGAUCAUGGCAUCUGUGAACACCCUCUUCCAAGCGACGAGCAUCACUCCCGUGCCAAUUAUCGUGAUCCAAGAGGAAUCUCUCAUCUACUUGCUCCAGGCGGGAAAGCACAGGUUGCGUGUUGACACCGGAAUGGAGGGCGACUGGUGUGGCCUUAUUCCUGUCGGACAGCCUUGCAAUCAUGUCACCACAACAGGCCUGAAGUGGAACCUGAAGAGACGCCUCCCUGAAAGUAUCAGAACAGACCCUGACCCGGGUGCAGAGGCCGCACACGCUUCCCCCUCUUGCUCUCCAAAGCUCCAGCGCCCCAGGGUGCCCCCACCGUGCUCCUCCACACUGUCAGCCAGUGCAAGAGAGCCACAGCCCUGGGCAUCCGUCUACAGAGCAGAUAAUGUGCUUGGUUUUGGAACACUGGUCAGUACUUCCAAUACCUACGACGGAUCUGGUGUCGUGACCGUGGAAACGGACCAUCCGCUCCUCUGGACCAUGGCCAUCAAAAACUGACCCGGCACCUGCCGUCCAGAGCCGUGCCUCUGACUUACCUCAUUUGCCACUGACUUCUUGCUCAACAAGAACAGCUCGCCUGGGUUUACAGAAAUUGAAACCUCUCCAUGGGAAGCCCACUAGUUUUAAAGAUACUGAGGUUUAGAUAAUCCAGGUAACAUAAAUGACAGAUCUCAGUUUUACAGUGAGGGAGAAAAAAAUCACUAUUGUGAACAAAGUAAAUAAGCUCCAUGACAUUCAGUUGGAAAACGUGGAUCAUUCCACUAUAAUGUUCAGUACUAUUGUUAUGUUAUUAAUCAUUCCAUUUAUCCUAGAAAAUUGUUUUGAAUUUUGAAGCUGACAGAGUUCUCUGCUGAAUGUUCUUGGUGUCCAACACAGCCUUCCUCUGCCCAUCCUUAGGUCCGCACACCACAGGCUACUUCUGAGUGUCUGAAUGCUAGAUUCCUUGGCACAACGUAGGAAAGAAUUCCUUUCAGACCGCGAUGUUAGAACCGCACCAUUUCCCCUGGCCUCAUUACUGCCUUGGUAUUGCCUUUUAAAAAUAAAUCAAGCAGCAUCGACCUAAUCAUUAAAUUUGAAAACAGGUGUUACGUAAGCCCCAGGUGAAGACAGAAACACGUGAAUGGUAAAUGAGAGCUCAGAAAGCCUCACGGAGGCAGUCACCCCACGCGCGGCUCCGCAGCCGGCGUGCUGCCCGUCGUCGGAGUGACGCUGAAACCUGCCCUGUGCUAACUACCACCGAGCCUGAAAAUGCUGUGCGGAGGACGCUGACGCACGACAACUCUGUUGUUUCCCACGAAAAGGCAGUGGUUCGCAGACCCCAGGUUUAUGCAGAGGACCAGGAAAGGGGCCUGACAACCUACUGGGAGACGCGAACACCGCGUCCUAAGCACCUGGGUCUGGAGGCCUGGGCCGCUGUCCCUGGAGCCGGCUGCUCCGCCCGACCGCGGAGGGGGCGGGGCCUGAGCGUCCCUCCCAUGGCCUGGGCGGAGCCUGACGCCCGCCCUCCGCCAGGCGACGGGCGCUGGACUGCCGGCUCCGCGGCUUUGCGGCUUCGUCUGUGCUUCUGCCCAGACCGCUCCCCUCGUCUCACCCUUUGCUAAACGAUUACCAAACCGAACGGCGCCAUACAAACCUUGACAUAGGUUUCCCCCCCCCCCCGCCAUGUUUUAUGUACACGCGUGCCCAGUCUGCUGCGAGGGGCCAGCAGCUCUUUCCUCCCCGGUGGAAGACAGAGUAAGAGUCAGAUUUGAAGUGAAGCACAAAGGGGAACCAGCUGAACCCGCGUGAACCCGCGUGCCUUUGCGGGCAGCUUACCUGAGAGGUCAGUUUUAGUUAUUAUGCAAAUAUAUGAUUGCAAUCGAUGUCAAAUAAAAUUAUUUAGUUACCCA